CUCUGUCACAUUUCUUUCUCCUUUUUUCUUCACUUUACUCCACCCCUCUCUCUCUCUAUCCCUCUCUCAGUGCAGAAGCACUACUAGCAAGACAAGAGUGGCAGUGGUUGGAUUCGGUUCUAAGCAAUGAUUACUACCAUCUUACACAUACCCAUCAUUCACAGCCUCGUUUUAAGACGACGCCUUCAAUCACAACAUGUAACAUUUCCCCCCAUUUUCACAAAUCGCCCCAGACAUGCGCCGGCUGCUCCUCUUCCUCUUGCUCGCCCUCUCCAUAUGCGUCGCGCAUUCCCUCACCAACCCUCAAGAUGCUGCGGUCCUUCGAUCGCUGAAAGAUCAGUGGGGCGGGACGCCGCGGAGCUGGGGAAGAUCCGACGAUCCUUGCGCUGCUUGGGAAGGAGUUGCGUGUAACAACUCCAGGGUCACCUCGCUAGGCUUAUCCACGAUGGGGUUGACUGGCACUAUGAGCGGCGACCUUGGUGGCCUAUCCGAUCUCAUUUCUCUAGAUCUAUCGUUCAACCCCGGCCUCAGAGGCUCGAUCUCUCCUCGUUUGGGGGACCUGCAGAAGCUAACUAUAUUGAUUCUGGCCGGAUGCAGCUUCUCCAACACCAUUCCAAGUGAACUAGGACAACUGUCUGACCUAACGUUUCUAGCCCUGAACUCAAACAACUUAACCGGUGAGAUACCGCCUUCCCUAGGCAAUCUGUCUAAGCUGUAUUGGCUGGAUCUAGCUGAAAACCAGCUGAGAGGCGAGAUCCCAGUUUCUUCGGCCUAUGGUCCGGGCCUCGACCAGCUUAAAAAGGCGAAGCACUUCCAUUUCAACAAGAACCAGCUCUCGGGAGAGAUUCCCAGCCAAUUGUUCAACUCUGAUAUGUCUUUGAUCCAUGUACUGUUUGAUGGGAAUCAACUGGAUGGGAGCAUUCCAUCCACAAUAGGGUUAGUGGAAACACUCGAGGUUCUACGACUUGAUCGGAAUUUCUUGAAAGGGAGUGUGCCACCAAACCUCAACAACCUCACAAACAUGAUAGAGUUGAAUUUAGCACAUAACAUGUUGUCAGGAGCUCUGCCUAAUCUAACUGGGAUGGACACACUCAACUAUGUGGACAUGGGCAACAACUCCUUUAAGAAAACAGCAGCACCUGACUGGUUCUCUAGUUUGCCUUCUCUUACAACUUUGAUGAUUGAAUAUGGACCCCUGGAAGGAUCUGUUCCACAAGAAGUUUUCAGUUUACCUCAGAUACAGCAAGUGAAGUUGAGGAAUAAUGCAUUCGGAGCCAAGCUAGACAUGAGUGGCAACGUCAGCCAGCAGCUUCAGCUCAUCGAUUUGGAGAACAACGACAUAUCAUCGGUGACAAUCGGCUCCGAAUACAAAAGCACAUUACUGUAAGAGAAUGGAUCGAAUGAGAAUAGAUUUCUUUUGUGAAUCAGACUAUAUGAACAAACACCUAAAAUCCAUGAACCACUAGAUUAACAAAUCAAUAUUACACAUGAACCACCUCACCAGUUGAAUGCAGUUGUUCAUGUGUUAUCUAUUUGUUCAUCUACAGAUUCAUGGAUGUUAGGUGUUUGUUCAUGUGUAAUUUUCACUAUAGCCCAUCCAUGUAAGACAAUUUUCAUUC